AUGAUAAUUUCAAAUCCGUGGCAGAAGACCGGCAAGCCUGGCGGACAGUUUCGGUGCGAAAACAAUGCCCCUAUCCGUGGCUGGUUUUGGACCUCAGGAGACUGCUGUUGUAUAUCUGUACCUUGUCAACAGGUCGACCCGCUUACUGUCAGCCAGUCCCAAUCGCAAUGGUUCGCCGCCGGCCAGCCGCUCCCGAAGGAAUAUCGCAUCUCAUUUCGAGAACCCUCCCCUAUGCCUCCUCGCAAGAUGACAGAUCCUCCCCCAGGGACUCUUAUGCCCACGCGGAAAGAAUGGGAAGAUCGGGAGCGAGGUUGGCAGCAAAAGUGGGAAGAUCGGGAGCGAGAGUGGGAUCAAGAGCGAGCGCGCUUGCUGCGAGCGCUGGAGCAACGCGGGCUGCCCCCUCCCCCCCGGGUGACCACUACAAGGCUCACUGGCCCCUCGGACCCAACGGGCCAGCCGCCCACCCGGGUCGCCAGUACUACCUCCACUACAACAUUCUCCGCUUCCUCCUCCUCUCCAGCCACCGCUACCUCGGUCACCGCUGCCUCUCCGGCCACCGCUACCUCGUCGGAGAAACGCGAAGGACUUCUCCGUCACUCCUUCACGUAUCCUGGCGCCUUAGACCAGCACUCGUCUCCUUCCACAUCUACCUCUCAAGCCAGCAGGCGCCACGAGCGCAGCAACGCGCAGGACCUCAGUCCUCAAGGUGGUCGGAUCAUGAGUCCCGUUCUCCUAGAUGUGUUUGUGGACCCCAGGCUGGAACAGCGUUCGUCUAAGGGUGCGGCACCGCCGCCGAGUCAACCGAGCCAGCCCCACCGAGGCAGCGUCAGCCAGCCCUCAGACUUGUCUGGGACCCACACGCCGCACCAGGAAGUCGCGUCCUCUACCCCCGACGCCUCCGCGCCACAGCAACCUCCUCCGGACAGCGCCGGCACGGGCGACAGAGAGGGGUCCUCGGGGGAGCCCAAGAAGAAACGGGGCAGAGGCGUCUUCAGUGCUUUUAAGAAGCGGGGCGAGCGCAAGGACGACCGCGACAAGGAUAAGGGCGCCAACGACAAGGCUUGA